UUGAUUGUAUAACGAAUUUGGAUUACGCUCGUAUUUAGUUCAAGUUUCUGUUGAUAUAAUCGGCGAUUUAUUUUUCAUGCGUUGAAACGUUUCAGAUUCUUGCGUGUUGAUGAUAGAAACCAGUGGCUCUUAACUUGGUGGAGGUACAGUGUUGUUUCUUCUCGCAUUUCAUAAUAGUGUAGUUGGUAGUAAGCUUGAAAGAUGUGUUAUGAUUGCGGUGCUAAUAAUCAUAAAUGAAGACAGCUGGUGCAUGGCAGCUGGCCAGAAGAGAUCUUCUAGCCAUGUCUGGAUCGCGACAGCAACGGGCGCAUUUGAAGAGGCCAAUUUGGAUCAUUUUCUUUGUUUCGUUGGUUAUUCUUUUUCUGAUUGGUGCCUAUGUUGUUUUCCCGUCAAGAAGCUUCGCGGCGUGCUAUUUCUUUUCUUCUAAGGAUUGUACUAUGCUCAAUUUACCUGUGUCUCCUCCUGCUAGGGAACUCACUGAUCAUGAGAAUAUAGCUUGGGUUGUAAUUAAUGAACUUCUGAGGAAACCUCCUGUUCAGUCCAAGAACCCAAAAAUUGCUUUCUUGUUCUUGACUCCUGGGACUUUGCCUUUUGAGAAGCUGUGGGAAAAGUUCUUUCAAGGGCAUGAGGACAGAUUCUCUGUUUAUGUACAUGCAUCUAGUCAGAAACCUGUGCACGUGAGCCGUUACUUUGUUGGCCGUGAUAUUCAUAGUGAGAAGGUAGCCUGGGGAAAAAUUUCUAUGCUUGAUGCAGAGAAGAGACUGUUGGCACAUGCACUUCUGGAUGCUGAUAACCAGCAAUUUGUUUUGCUGUCUGAUAGUUGUGUACCGCUGCACAACUUUGACUACGUGUAUAACUACCUGAUGUAUACGAAUGUUAGCUACAUUGAUUGUUUUGAGGACCCUGGUCCACAUGGCAGUGGCAGGUAUUCAGAACAUAUGUUGCCUGAACUUGAAAAGAAGGAUUUCCGGAAGGGUGCUCAGUGGUUUUCCAUGAAACGGCAGCAUGCUAUAGUAAUUAUGGCAGACAAUCUUUUCUACAGAAAAUUCAAGUUUUACUGCAAGCCAAAUAUGGAUGGGCGAAACUGCUAUGCAGAUGAACACUACCUGCCAACUCUAUUUCAUAUGAUUGAUCCGAGCGGAAUUUCAAACUGGUCAGUGACUCAUGUUGAUUGGUCUGAAGGAAAGUGGCAUCCAAAAGCAUAUCGGGCUCAAGACGUUACUUUUGAGCUCCUUAAGAGCAUUGCAUCCAUUGAUGAAACCGUACAUGUUACGAGUACUGGAAAGAAGAAAAAGACAGUCCAACCUUGCUUGUGGAAUGGAAUGAAACGACCUUGUUACCUAUUUGCAAGAAAGUUCUAUCCUGAAACUCUUGAUAGAUUGCUGUUCCUCUUCUCCAAUUACACUACAGUUUAGCCAUUUUUGGCUCUUCAUACUUAAUUUUUGGUCUGAUUAUUGUCAUUUGGCACCUGCUCCUUCAGCUAUCAUGUGUAGAUUUAGAACGUAAAGCAGCCAAUUUAUACACUUUCUGGAUAUGUUCCACUUCACUCGGUAGAUUAGAUGUUUGUUGACAAAAGCAGAUCGGCCUGUUUAGUUACGAGUACUUGACUUGGGGCCUUGGGGAAAAUGGGAGGCUGUCAGCUUGUUUCUUAUUGCUGCUUCCUCGUGCUUUCUUCAAAAUUUGGCCUUCAUAUUUUUGGGAUCGUACUUUCGUUUAUGUACUUAAAAAAAUUCAUUACAGAAUAUUUUGGUUUAUAUACAUAAAUGAGUGCAUUUUCUGUUUUUCUUUAUUUAUAGAAGUUAAAUAUUCUGGUGUUA